AUGAACACGGAAAUUAUCAAGCAGCACAGCUCGAUUGGUGGACACUACUUUGAUCAGUCAUACGAUGAGGCACUGAAGGCAGCUCGCCAAGAACUACUGGAAGACAUCAUUCCAGCAGGCCUCGAAAAGAAGGAUUGGUGGGGUUCAUUGCCGGUGAAAUAUCUCGCCUUUGGAAAAGGACGGCCGGAGAGGAUAUAUCGUUAUAAAAAGGCCACCACUUUCGAUCGACUGCUGGAAGUCCUCGAUAAAUGGACUGCAUAUCGAAGCUGGGUGAUAACUUGGCCCAUCGACCCGAAAUGUCAAAGAGAAGCUGAAAACUUUUGA